GUGACGGUGUUAGGAUGUCGCUCUUCGCCACGGAUCCCGCAUGGCAUGUCAGGUUGGUGUGUCUGGUCGCCUUGUUCUGUGGAGCAUCGCUGUCUCUGGCCCAAGACGAGGCGGGACCAUUGCUGCACUCGGUGAACCUCGACCCCUUCGGGAAAUUUGUGAUGACAUGGACACCUCGUGAGGAUGACAUCCUUAUUGAAUUGCAGGUUGCCACCCGCGGCUACGUAGGGAUAGGGUUCUCACCGUCGGGUCUGAUGAAGGGUGCGGACAUCAUCCUUGGCUGGGUGGACGAGGCGGGGGACGCUCAUGUCUCGGACCGUUACGGUACGGGCAACAGGACUCCAAUGAUGGACGUGUCACAGGACGUGGUGCUUGUAGGCGGCGGCCGCAACGCGUCCCACACAAUAGUGCGCUUCCGACGUCCCUGGGUGACCUGCGAUGACGUCCACGACGUCCCUUUAACGUCGGACACAGUUCGCGUGAUCUACGCGUACGACGACCAGAUCCCUGCGCCAGGGUUCCUAUCGCUGCCGUACCACGACGGCCGAGGCGUCAAGAGCUUGAUUCUGAAGGACCACGUCCAUCUGACCUACCUCGGACCACAGGAUCAGGAUGCCCUGCACUGGGAUGUUCGGGCCCCUGGUGUCCUCAUACCGUCGAAUUUCUCAACUCUGUACUGGUGCAAACUGUACAAGCUGCCCGAGCUGCAACAGAAGCAUCACUACAUCGGGUACGCGCCGCUGGUGUCGGAAGCAUCAGCUGGGCUAGUGCACCACGCGCUGCUGUACGAGUGUCACCUGAGCCCCAGUGCACUGCUGGACGCCUGGGUGCAGGAGCUGGGCGCUCAGUGCUACACGCCUAACAUGCCGCUGUCGUGGCGAGCGUGUAACACGCCUCUUGUGUCCUGGGCUGUUGGCUCACAAGGCAUGAUGCUGCCAUCGCACGUAGGAACUCCACUGGGAGAGACCUACAAAGGCAGCACCUACUACAUGCUUGAGAUCCACUAUAACAACCCACAGAAAGUCCCGAACGUUCGCGACAGUUCCGGCCUGCGUAUUUUCUACACGCCUAAACUGCGUAAAUACGACACUGGGACACUCGUCAUCGGUCACGGCGUGGACCCGACACAAGUGAUCCCACCCAGACGCCCUAGCUGGCUGUCCCUGGGCCAUUGCUCAGCUCAGUGCACUGCCCAGUCCGUGCCCAAGGAUGGCGUACGGAUCUUGGCAGGAGCGUUUCAUGCCCACACCAUCGCGUCUAGGAUGGCUCUACACCACAUCAGGGACGGGCGACAGCUGCCUACUUAUUUGCAAGAUCAGCUAUACGACUUCAACUUCCAACAAGAGCGCGUGAUGUCACAGGAACAAACGUUGUUGCCUGGAGACCAUCUCAUCGUCUCCUGCACCUACGACAGCUCAGGCCGCAGCCAACCAACUUUUGGUGGGUUUGGCGCAGGCGAUGAGAUGUGUCUUGCGUACCUGACGUACUACCCUCGCCUGCCGCUCUCCGACUGCUACUCCAAGCCUAAACUCGACGACGUGUUGGGGGCACUUGGUGUCCAGGAGAUCUACGAUGCUGAGGAAUUCAAAAAAGAUCCUUUCGGUGAACCUUUUUCGGUAGACAUGAUAGACCGCGCGCAGGAAGCGAGCCUCGCGAAGAUCAUGAAGGAGAGCGCCAGCGCCGGCAGCCCUAGCAUGGAUCUCAGCAUGUCGUGGUAUCUGCACAGGAUGAAGAUUAAAUUACCAUACAGGCUCCAAAACCAGUCCGUGCUGGAGUUGCUUUACGACGAAUCCUUCUGGCAAGACGCGCUCCGGGUGCAGGCGCUGCAGAAGGUCUACGCUGAAGGAGACUUCCUCUCUGACUGCCUCAACUCUGGGAGACAACCUGUCAGCCAGGUACCCACGGAAGAUACCUUCCCGAGGUACAAGGUAUUCGUUCCAAGAGAAGACGCGUGUAUCAGCAAUGAAAUAGACUUUACACGCAACAUUCGAGUGGCCGGUCAUGGUAAUCUGGCGAUGCAGAAGAAUGGAGGCGCUGCAAAUUUCUUACCUACUUAUAUUUUCACAAUCACUUUCCUACAAAUUAGUCUAGCUUCUCUCACUUGCCUUGUUGAAAGGGCUCUCAAAAUAGUAUAGAAGUAAUUAUUGUUAUUUUAUUAAGUCAGAUGAAAUAAAUUUUAU